UUGAAUGGAUUAAUAAAUCAAAACACACACAAGGCACCUUCUAAAUUCUAAAAUGCCUAGAUAUAUUUUAGACUUAUAUGUCCCCAAACCUAACCUAGACCAUUUUGAAACAAGUGAAACAGACGAAGACUAUUCGAGUACCAUGGAAUCUGUAGGCGACCUCAAGAGAGUGCCUUAUCAAAAGAGAGAAUUGAUGAACACCUACCUUAACUACCAAAAGGGUCAUAAAAGUAUGAUUGAGGCAGGUGAUCCUAUAGUGAUCAAGGAAAUAGCUGAAAAGGAGUAUCCUUGGAUUAACAAAGGAUUGGACGAGUUGAAAUCUAUGGAUAUCCAGAACGUUUCUCGGGAUCACGGCGAUGACCACUUCAAGCAAGUGUUGAGCUUGAAAGCUCCUAAUGCUCAAAGGACGUCCGAUCUUUUAGAACAGGUGGUAGAGUUGGAAGCAGAUCUAAAAGGAAAACUGAAAGACCUUUCAGAAUUUAAGGAAGAAAUCAAAGAAUUGGGAAAACUUCUUAGGACAACGCCUUCGAGAAGGAGCACUGUUGACUGAUAUUUUUAUGCCUCUAACUUA